UUCCAUUUUACUUCUUCCUUGGCAAGAUAUUUUUUUCUCUCGAAAUGUUCCUAUUCGAUGCCAAGGAGAAAAAAUAGUUAAUUAUUAUAAUUUUCCUAUCAUUGGUCUUGGUAUCGAUGGCAGAGAGAUUUCCGUUGCUUAUGCUGAUUGCUUCACAUUUAUUGGUCUCGGUGAUGUCGAGGAGCUUUACAAUAGAGAACAAAUGCGAAUACACAAUAUGGCCUGCAAGCUACAACUACGCAGGAUCGGUGGACACAACUGGUUUCAUUCUGGAGAAAGGAGAGAAGCGUACGGUCAAUACGACGUCGUCAUGGAUAGGUCAUUUCUGGGGCAGAACGCUCUGUACCACAAACUCAACAGGACAUUUGUUAUGCCUCACCGGUGACUGCAACUCCGGCGAAAUCGAGUGCAACGGUCGUCCCGUCGUUCCUCCGGCGACUUUAGCCGAGUUUAACCUCGCUUAUGACGGUGGUGAUGACUAUUACGACGUCAACGUCAUCAAUGGUUACAACCUCCCUUUGAUUGUGACACCAGAGAACCGAAACUGCAAAAGCAUCAAAUGCGUUGUUGACAUGAACAAUACAUGUCCAUUGGAUCUUAGGCAGAGCAACAGCGACAGUACUGGAUCCGACAACAAUCCAUUCGCUUGUAGGACUUCGUGUCAGAGAAACCAGUCGCGAGAGCUUUGCUGUGUCGGACUUUACGUGGAGAAAGGGGUAAGACCGGAAGAAUGCAAGCGGACCAUCUACUCGGAGACUUUCGAACAAGCGUGUCCAGGCGCUUACAGCUACGCCUAUGACACUGAUAUCAGCACCUUCAGAUGUCCAUAUUCCUCCAACUUUGUCAUCACGUUUUGCCCAACAAAACCAGGUAAAUCUCCAAUAUUGAAGUUAACAAUCAUACUUGGAGUCUUAUCAGCUUUUGCUAUGAUUAUCAUUAUUGCGGUAGUGGUAAAGGUGAGAGCAAAUAAUAUGAAAAAGAAGGAUCAGAAUAGGAAGAACAUCGAAGCAGUUGUAAUGUUGAAACGAUUUAGUUAUGCACAAGUCAAGAAGAUGACAAAAUCAUUCUCGAAUGUUCUUGGGAAAGGAGGAUUUGGAACUGUCUAUAAAGGGAAGUUACCUGAUGGCAGCCGAGAUGUUGCAGUAAAAAUAUUGAAGGAGUCAACCGGGAAUGGGGAAGAGUUCAUCAAUGAAGUAGCUAGCAUGAGUAGAACAUCUCAUGUUAACAUUGUUUCUCUUCUUGGAUUCUGCUAUGAAGGAAACAAGAAAACUAUAGUAUAUGAGUUCAUGCCCAAUGGAUCCCUAGACAAGUUCAUCUCCGAGAAGAUGUCUACAAAGAUGGAUUGGAAAACGUUAUACAACAUUGCACUAGGUGUGUCUCGUGGCCUAGAUUACUUGCACAACCGUUGUGUAUCGAGGAUUGUACAUUUCGAUAUAAAGCCGCAGAAUAUACUCAUCGAUGGAGGUGCUUGCCCCAAAAUUUCGGAUUUUGGUCUUGCAAAGCUAUGCAAAAAUAAUGAAAGCAUCAUGUCAAUGCUAGACGCGAGAGGCACAAUAGGGUACAUUGCUCCAGAAGUGUUUUCCAAGAAUUAUGGAGGAGUUUCUCAUAAGUCGGAUGUGUAUAGUUAUGGAAUGGUGGUUCUUGAGAUGAUUGGAGCAAAAAACAUAGAAAGAGCUCAAAAUGGUGGAUCCAACAACAGUUCAAUGUACUUCCCAGAUUGGAUUUAUGAAGAUCUUGACAAGGGAGAAAUCAUGAGAUUUUUCGAGGAUCAAAUAACAGAAGAAGAAGAUGAGAAGAUUGUUAAAAAACUGGUAAUUGUGGGUCUGUGGUGUAUUCAGACCAAUCCUUUUGAUCGUCCUCCAAUGAGCCAUGUCGUUGAAAUGUUAGAAGGGAGUACAGAGGCUCUCCAGAUUCCACCUAAGCCUCUUUUAUCUUUACCAGCGUUAACAGUUCAAGAGACUUCAAGCUUCUCGAAACCAAGUCAAGAUACUUCACACUAUUCGGAAGAAGUUCAAGAUAUUUCACAAGAAAAUCAAGAUAACUUAAGCUCUUCCUACCAAGGCCAGUAAGUAAGAUCUUAUUAACGGUUGUUGAUGAUAUCCAAAUUAGAUUUUGUUGUUAUUCCCCCAUUGAUCAUUCCUGUGGAAAUAUAACCUAAACUGUUAUUUGCUUGCAAAAAGAGAUCAAUUAUGUUUUAGAUGCAGA